GUCAUGGAGCUCGAACACAACUGAACUGGGAGUAAAAGUUUCAGCAUGGCGAAACAAAUAAAUAGACACAUUUCUGUUACGUUUUGGCGUCUUGUUUGACAUAUAACUGCUUUAAAUAAAUCUACUGUGUUGCAAUGUUGACGGAUAAUCCAGUGAAUCCUCUGAACCCAGGCAUUCCCUUUGGAGGCGCACACAACCCACAUAGAAAGAGGGUCUCAAGCCUCAGGUCAAGGGGCCUUCAGAAGAGAACCCAAAACUGCUUCUUUGGGGUGGAGACCUGUGCUGAGCUGGUCUGGGAGGACUGGGAGCCAGGGCUAGAGUAUACCAAAUCUUUGUUCCUUAGAAGUGUACAUGGAAAACUCCAGAAAAUCACCGUCAGACCUCCUGAGUCCAAGUUCUUCAACACACCCUAUUCUCAGACCAUCCUUCUGAGCCCAGGAACAUCUUUCUCACUCCCAGUUACUUUUCAACCUCUUGAGAAAUGUGAGUAUGUGGACACUAUAGAGUUUCAGGGUAAGGAAGGCACGUUCCAGGUGUCUCUGCGAGCUGUGAUUCCUCAUCAUGACCUGAAGGUUCCAGACACGGUGAUCCUGCCACCCUGUGCUGCCCGCCACAGCUCCCAAACCAGCUUCCUGUUUCGUAAUUCCAGUAAGCUGCAGACAAGAUUCAGGUGGUAUGUGGAUCCUCCGUUCCAGCUGUCCCCUGAGACUGGACAGUUAAAGCCUGGAGAAGAAUGCAGGGUUACCGUAGAAUUCAAGCCCCAGCAGGCUGCAGUGUGCCAGGCCGAGGCCUGCUGUGCUUUCGGAGACGAUGGGGAGAGCAGCUGUACUGUACUACUGCGUGGGCUGUCCAAGUACCCCCGCCUCCAAAUCAGCUCCAUGGGACAGGAGGAAGGAUGUAAGGUGCUUGAGUUUGGCAGUGUGGCAGUAGGAGACACUCAUGAAAAACACUUUGAGAUCUACAACCUCUCCACUGUCAGCGCAAAGUUCAGCCUGUCCUGGCUGAGACGACCCCCUCUCAUGGAGUCUGUGUUCAGCUGUGAGGUGCAUGAAGGGAAGAUCGCCCCACAUUCAGUGUUGAAAGUCCCUGUCUGCUUCUCCCCACUCACAGAGGAUCUCAUAAGUGUGGACUACCUUUGCCUUACCUGUCCUGGAGCUGUAAGCGAAGACCUGCUCAAAGUGUCAGGCACCAGCAUAGGUCCAAUAGUGUCUCUAAGUACCUCUGUACUAGACUUUGGCUGUAUUGAGGAGGGCACAGAGGUCACACACAAUAUUCAGAUCAUCAACUCCUCUGCAGUAUUGGCUCAUUACCAGUUUGAUGUGGACACUGGCAGUCAUAGUGUGUUCAGUCUUGAUAAGCCUUGUGGGUCUCUGCCAGGCAGCAGCAAACUCACCCUGCAUGUGAAGUUCAGACCACAAAACCAUAUAGCUUAUCACAAGACAAUGAUUUGUUUGCUGCUGCACAGGGAGCCACUGUUUUUGGAUUUGAUUGGCACCUGUCACUCAGAGCAAUUGAAGCCAGCCAUUUUAAAGCCCAGACACCUGAGUGUCUACAGAUUAAAUCUGCUACGAGGGCUCACCUGUUACCCUCCUGACUUACUGAGUUCCUUGCUGGAAAAACAACGAUUAAAACGGGAUGAUAGUGGAGCAUUGCAAAUGCAGGAGAUUCCAGCAGAGGACACUUGCAACUCCACACCUCCCUUCAACCCUCGAAGUCCUCUGGAGGAGUAUUUCCAUGUAAAUUCCGCACCUGAAGCGGAAACAGAACUUUACAACACCUCAAACUCCACCCGAUUCCCCGUCCCCCAUGUUACAGUUCAGCCCCCUGAACUCCUUUUUUAUGACGGCCCAGCAUCAAAGUCAGUUUCUAUCACCAACCACACCAAGGGCAAGAUCUGUCUGAUGUGGUCCAGUGAAGCAGAGUCUCCUUUCUCCAUCUCUCCUCUCUCCUGUGAGCUGGGCCCUCUAAAGACCACAGCCUUCAGAGUGACAUACAGUCCCAACCAGCAGAACAUCUUCCAUGCAGCACAGCUUGAGUGUUUCACUUUUUACAAGGUUCUGAGGGAUCAGAGAAAUGUGGAGGAUCAGAAUUUGUGUCCACCCUGGUGCCUUACAGUCAGGGUGAGCGGUCACUCGUUUCAGCCUGGAAAAGAGCACUUCACCCCCAACAUCUCUCUUCAACACCCUCAAGUAGUAUUCCCCGGCCUGAAUCAGUUAGCAUACCGCAGUAUUCUCCUGAAGAAUACAGGAGACCUGCCAGUGAUCUUCAGACUGGACCCAGAGGAGUGUCCAUCAGUAUGUGUGCUGCCAUCCAGUGGUCUGGUGCCACCUGGAAGUCACCAGAUCCUCACAUUCAGAUGCACUCCAUCUCCGGAUCACUCUUCCAGCAUCCCUUUGACAUUACAGCUGAAUGCCACCCCCAAUCACGCACAGGUACUGAAUGUGGUUGCUGUAGCAGAGAAGCUUUCCAUGAGCGUGGAGGAGGGUGGCAGUCUGUUCUUUCAGCCCACAGCAGUGGGCUCCUGCUCUGAGCGAACACUGCGGGUGAAGAAUCUGAGCAGGGUGCCGGUGGAGUUCAAGUGGAGGCUUUGUGGAUCUGACCGAAGGGUUCUCACUGUACUGCCAAACACAGACAUUCUCCAGCCCAAUGAAUCCAAGGUACAGAAGUGGUCCUUUGCUCCAAAGGAGGAGAUGAUGUACAACAUGAAGCCUAGUCUCACGUUCUGGCCUGUCCAAACACCACAAUGCAAGAAGUCCCGUCUUACCAUUGAAGCUGUAGGAUUGGCAUCCAAAGGCUCUCUCCAGGCAGAGCACCCAGUUAUAGAUCUGGGUGAGGUGCUGGUGGAAAGCUGUAAGUCAUUUGAAGUUCCUCUACUGAACGACAGCCCUUGUGCUGUCAGUUACUCUCUGACCACACAGCAAAGUGUCACUGAUACAGGCCUUCUUGAAGACAUGACUCAAGAUCCUUUGGUUCUGGAGAUGGAGAAUGUAAAGGGAACCAUACCUGCUGACUGCAGGCUACCGAUCCGCUGCUCAGUGAGACCGGCUCGCAGAGCCCAUUACUGCUGGACAAUCAGUUACCAUAUCCUCAAUGCCUCUGGUAGUGCUGUGGAAGGAGAGCCCCAAUCUAUAUGCCAUGUACAGGCUGAGGGAGUGUAUCCCACCAUGGAGGUGAUGGAUGUCCGUAGCUGUGGCAAUGUGGAGGGGCUGAGUAAAAUUCAGCUCUGGCGCCUCUUCAAUCUGGAUACACUCAACACUUAUCUACGCAGAGAUCCCAGCCCAUCUGAGCUCACCUUCAGGGUGCCCACUAGACACAGUUUUCGACAGCGUCCCUCUAUCUUUACAUCAGCCAUGAUGGAUUUUAGCUUCAGGGCUGCUCCCCUGGGCUCAGACCCCACCAGUAUUCUGCUUCUGUUUAAAAACCCAGGCAGCAUUCCUGUUGAGUGGUCAUUCUUGUUCCCAGAGGACCAACAGAUUGAGUUGGAGUACUGGGCUGAGACUGGAGAUUUCAGUCCAUCUGAGCUCCACCUGAUGAAGAUUCAGGAGCACAGGCUUUUCUCCAUCUCCCCACGUUCUGGUAAACUCCAACCUGGCCAACAGAAGACAGUGCAAUUCACAUACAGACACGAAUUUGUGGGGACAGAUCGUCUUCCUGUCUUGUUGAAAAUUUCAUGUGGAAGAGAGAUACUGCUGAAUUUUACAGGAAUAACUGUGGAAAGAGAUAGACGCUACAUUCACCUUUCCUCCAAUCGGCACAUCUUUGCCCCGAUGGCAAUUGGUGGUUUCAGCCCCCCUAAACAGGUGUAUGAACUGUAUAAUGCAGGAACUCUCCCACUGAGGUACCACUUCGACACCACUCCACUGGAGGAGCUGAUGGAGGAGAACUUUAAUCACCCGAUCUUACAGUGUAUAAACCCUGGCGGAGAGAUCGAGCCAGGCCACACCGCACUUGUGGAGUGGAUCUUCUCCCCACUCGAGGCUAAAACAUACAGUGUGGACAUUCCAAUUCAUGUGGUGGAGGGGGACAGCAUGUUUGUAACAUUUGAGGGCCAAGGCUUUGACGAAAGAGAGUCAGAACCCAUUCAAGUACAGGAUGGAUGCAUUACUGUGCCUUGCACUCAAAGAAUCCCAGUACCUGGACAAGUGGUGUUCCUGUCUGAAGAUAGAGUGUGUUUUGGUGAUAUCCCAGUGUGCUCUCGAAGUACACGCAUUCUUUUUUUGACCAAUGUCUCAUACACAGACCAAGUGUUGUAUAAGUGGAACGUAACAAGCACAGAAUGCCAGCAGACUGUAACGAUCUGUCCUAUGAGUGGUCGUCUUGCACCAGGGGAAAGUGUUCUCUGCAUCUUGACAAUACAGGCCUCAGGCAGCCCCGCUUUCUACCAACAAGACCUCCUCUGUGAGAUAACACUUGUGAAUAUGCUAGCACAGUAUCAUAAAGACCUGCGACAGUGGGAGGAGGAGACUGAGAGACAGAAAUAUGAGUUUACUCUCACUGAGAAAGACCUGCUACAGACAAAGCAACUGGAUACAUGCACUCAGGAAGGUGCAGUGCCUAAACAGAAAACUGGCAAAAGAAAAUAUAAGACCCUUCCGCCCAUUCGUAGCAGUGAUCACGCUGUGGGCGGUCCCUCAGCGAGACCCAGUCGGGCUGAACAGCGGGUCCCGCAGCAGACAGGCCAGGAAAGGAGGAGACGCCCCGAGCCUCCCUGUCCUACACUGCUCCACUUGGGUGUUACUGCUCGCUCUCACACCCUCAUGGAGUACCAGACACACUUCCCCAGUCAGUUCAACACUCAUUACAUCAACAGAUCUACGCAGCCCAAGCAUUCUCAGUCUGGCACAGGCGAGGGCUGCCAUCUUCCUGCAAACCUGCCCCCACUCACUGAUGACAUCAUCACACACGUGCUCAAUUCUUUACUACAGAGUCUUUUAGAUGAGCCUCAGUUCCAGCAGUCUCUGGUAGAGGGCGACACUGAGCAGGUGCUGUACUUCACACAGCUGCGACCUGCUCCUGCUCCUGCCCUCCCUGCUCUGUUGCAAACUCUACCUGCAGGCUUCCAGGAUCCUGUAGAAAUGUCUGGUGUGUCCAUUGCUACUCCAGCAAAGACUUACACCAGAAACUGUAGCACUGCAGAACGACCCAGGAGUGAGUGUGACCAGAAGUCUUUGAAAGAACUACUUGAGGAGACAAAGCUGAAGGUCCAGGAGUCCAUUCGCAGGUUUCCUGAGUUCUGUGAUCUGCUGGAAGGCAUUUUGCUCAACACCUUGCAGAACUUAAUGAUGGAGGCUUUCUUGGGUGAACUGGUGCUGACGACACGACCGCGAAUCAUCGCUCUUCCGCCUUCCUCUUCCAGGAAAAACAGCCUUGGCUCCAACAGACAGUCCAGUGCUGAAUCUAAUAAGGGAAAGGAGCUGUUGCGCCCCCUAGUGACCAGCCCAAGCCCGUACAUGUCUACCCAGGCCAAAGUCUCAAACCUGGAGCCAGAGCAGUAAUGAGCCAUAACGCAUUUUUAACUUAACAAUCAAUAUCACUGUAUGACAUGCAUAAGACUGAUUCGUAUUAAACUGUAUUCAAAAUGACAA